UCCGUCGAUUCUUUUUGGAGCAUGAUGAUAGAAGGUUGUUCUACCGCUUCUUGCUUCCCUGAAGAAAGGAUCCACCACGCUGCACACUACAGCGCAGACUCCGGAGCCACGGGAACGAUUCGAGCUAAGAGAGCUCAUUUUGUCAAGGAAGAUUUGGCGGCGUUCGAUUCGACCUUCUUUGGGUUGACUGCUGCUGAAGCUGCGGCCAUGGACCCACAGCAGCGUGGCCUUCUCGAGACGACAUAUCAAGCUCUCGAGAACGCGGGAGUUCCCAUUGAGAAGAUACAUGGCACUGCCACCUCUGUUCAUACGGGUUGCUUCACCGCCGAUUAUCUCAUGCUGAUGGGAAAGGACCCCGAGAUGAUGCCAAAAUAUGCGGCAACGGGCGUUGCUGCAGCAAUGCUAUCCAAUCGCAUUAGCUCCUUCUACAAUUUGACUGGACCUAGCGCGACUAUUGACACAGCAUGUUCAAGUAGCCUUGUGGCUCUCGAUCAGGCGUGCCAGUCGCUCCGACUUAGGCAAAGUUCAAUGGGCAUUGUAGCAGGGUGCAACUUAAUCGUCUCGCCUGACCUGACCAUCGGUCUUUCCAACAUGGGGUUCCUAUCUCCAGACGGUGUCUGUCAUAGCUUCGAUCAUAGGGCAAACGGUUAUGCUCGUGGUGAGGGCUUUGGAGUCGUAAUCGUCAAACGACUCUCUGAUGCAGUUCGAGAUGGCGACACUGUCAGGGCGGUCAUCCGUGCCACAGGUUCUAAUCAAGAUGGGAACACGCCACUGGCUCAACCGAGCAAGGCCGCGCAGGCGCGGCUGAUUUCAGAUACGUACCGUAGGGCCGGGUUGGAUAUGAGCGAGACUCGUUACAUUGAAGCUCAUGGCACUGGUACACCUGUGGGUGAUCCAUUGGAGGCCAUGGCAAUCGGCACAUCGUUCUCAGCUGGCAGGUCCAAGGCAGAAGCUGUUUACGUAUCUUCUCUCAAGGCCAAUUUCGGGCACUUGGAAGGAGCCGCAGGCAUCGCAGGUCUCAUUAAGACCGUACUCAUCCUAGAGCGCGGCAUCAUUCCCCCACUAGCAUGCUUUGAAAAAGUUAAUCCAGAGAUUGAUCUGGCUUUUCUCAAUAUCAAGUUCCCAUUCGAGCCCACUCCAUGGCCUGGUAGAGGUCUUCGUCGUGCUUCCGUCAACUCCUUCGGAUUCGGCGGCACCAAUUCGCACGUUGUACUUGACGACGCUUAUCACUACAUGCGACGACAUGGCUUGAGAGGAAAUCAUUGCACCAGAGUAACCGUUCCCGAUCAUGUUGACCGGGUGGAAAAGCCUGGAGAUGUUACUAGCCGCGCCUCAGCUUCUAGCCCUAUAAGCGUAACCACUCCCGUUGUACUUGCGUGGUCUGCCGGGAAUGAGUGGAGUCUGUCCGAGAUGUUGUCAAUGUAUAGGAAGAGUCUCUGCGAAAGGGACGCGCGGAUGUUGCUCUCGCUUGCCCAUACCUUGCUCCAGAGGCGCUCUCUUCUCCGCUGGAGGUCAUUCGCCGUCGCUUACCCUUUCCAGGACUUCGGCAACCUCGACAUAUCUAGGCCUGUUUACUCACGUCCUUCCUCGGAGCUCUCGCUCUCAUUCGUCUUCACUGGGCAAGGCGCUCAGUGGUUAGGUAUGGGGCGAGAGCUGUUUGUUUACGACGUCUUUCGCCAGAGCAUCCAGGACGCAAUAUCCUAUCUCAUGGGUGUUGGCUGCUUUCUGCAUCUAGCUGGUGCGUUGCUUGGAGAACUCGAGUCUCAGGCUAGGAUCGACGAGCCGGGAUUUGCCCAGCCAGUAUGCACUAUUCUUCAAGUUGCUCUGGUAGAUCUCCUAGCUUCCAUCAAUAUUCGGCCGUCCGUGGUGAUUGGUCAUUCAUCUGGUGAAAUCGCAGCUGGAUAUGCUGCAGGAGCAAUUAGCCGCGAAUCCGCUUGGAAGCUAGCCUAUGACCGUGGUGUAUGUUCCCAGCGGCUCGCAGCCAAGUCCGAUAUCGAAGGCGCCAUGGUUUCCGUGGGUCUGUCCCAGUCAGAGGCGGAUAACCACCUUCGUUACAUCACUGAACAACUCGGCUGCGGAGAUCUCGUUGUCGCAUGCGAGAAUAGUCCAACAAAUGUCACGGUUUCUGGUAGGCGAGAGCACGUCGAAGCUCUUGCCGCAAGGCUCGAGCAAGAAUCCAUAUUCGUUCGCCUACUAAAGGUACCCGUUGCAUAUCACGGUCCACAUAUGAAUUUGAUUGCAGACUCGUAUCUUCAAUCAAUUGGGACUAUCGAUGCGGGCGCUUCGCAUCCCCACGCGCAUACGAAUAUGGUCUCUUCUGUCACAGGCGAGCGCGUGUCGUCGGAAACCCUUCGAGAUCCAGCAUAUUGGGUUCGAAACAUGGUAUCGCCAGUCAAAUUCCUUGACUCAGUCCGGUUGGCAUGUGCCGAACGUGCCAAACGGCUUCCAAACAAACUCGACCUGUCCCAUCGAGAUGUUCCCUGGACUUCGCAUAUUCUGGAGAUUGGCCCACAUGCAACGCUUUCCGGACCGAUUCGCGAUACCCUACGAGAACUUGUGCAUGGCAACAGUAUCAGUUACAUCCCCACCUUGAUUCGUAAGCGAGACAGUCGUGGAAGCUUCUUGAGCGCCGUGGCUCAGUUGCACUGUGCGGGUUACCAAGUGAGCCUCUCGAAAUUGAACCUUGCUGCCCAACCGGGGUUGUCAAGAGCGAUUGCAUUAACGGAUCUUCCCAACUAUCCUUUCGAUCACACUCAGUCAUUUUGGUGGGAAUCUAGAAUAAGUCGAGGCAUCCGUUUCCGCGAAUUUGCGAGGAACCUCUUCCUCGGCAGUCCCGUCCCCGAUUGGAAUCCCUUGGAUGCUCGAUGGCGUCAUAUUCUGAAACCGAACGACUCUUCAUGGAUACAUGAUCACAAGAUCAACGGAAGGACCAUCUUCCCUGCUGCAGGAAUGCUCACUAUGGCCAUCGAGGCUGCAGCACAACUUGCCGGAGGCGCUGAAGUCUUCGCAUUCGAGAUUAGCGACGCCAUUUUCCACUCGGCUCUAGAGCUCUCGAGUAAUUCUGAAGGGGUCGAAGUUCAGCUCCAGAUGACGCCACACAAGUCCACUCAAUCAAGGAUUGGGCCCAAGUACAAGUGGUGUUUAAGGGUCUACCAAACAGAGUGGAAUGAAGUGAGCCGCGGCGUGAUACGAACCAUCCAUAGAGACACCUCUUCCAACGAAAUCGACCGUAAAAAUGAGGAAUCAUACCUCAGCGCACGCACUACCGCCCAUUUUGAUGCCGUAUCUAGGCGCUGUAUCGCCAAGAUCAAUGGGUCUACCCUAUAUGCCCGCCUAUGGCAUCGUGGCUAUCACUUCGGCCCAAGCUUCGCACGUAUCAAGGCAUCAAAACACUCCUCAUCGGGCGAGGCCACUGCAAAGGUAGCGAUACUCGAAACGCAAGGUUCAGAAAGCCCUGCCGUUGUCCAUCCGGCGACCCUGGACGGUAUCUUACAAAUUAUGCUUCCCGGAGUCACUCAAGGCGGGCAAGAGACCAAUUUUUCAACCCAUAUCCCUACCCGGAUCAAUAAAAUGUGGAUUUCGAAGGAUGGUCUCCUGCGUAAAGAUGCCGACAGCGUUCACGUCGCCGUCAAAAUUCAGAAGACUGGCUUCCGCAAUACGACUUCGGAUAUCGCAGCCUUAUCCCAGGACAAAGCACUUCGCGUGCUGGUGGAAAGGAUCGAAACAACCUCUAUAGGAGAUGGGCUUGACGCAUUGCCCACUCCUUCCACCGCCACCAAGAGACUCUGCUGGAACAUGGUCUACAAGCCCGAUAUCGACCGCCUAGAUCCUGCGAAGCUCGAAGAGCUCCUUUCUGAAAGUGAACCCGCAGCAAACGACCUAGGGCGUUACUUUGGGGAGCUGGACAUCGUUCUGUACACCUUUCUCCAGGAUGCGCAGCAGGAGCUCGCCGAAUCAGAGCUCGCACUAUGCGAGGGCCACCUGAACAACUACUAUCGGUGGAUGAAGAAGCAGCUUGAGAAUCGUUGUGUAAAAGCUGCUCAUCUCGAUGGAAAUCCGCAAGGACGAGACGCUUUCAAACGUAUUCAUCACCGCGUCCGCAAUCAACAUCCAAAGAUCAGUAAGAUCUACUAUCGAGCCGGUGAGGAGCUCAAGAAUAUUUUAGGUGGCCAUUCAGAUCCGCUUGGAGUUCUUUUCCAAGACAAUGAUAUGCCAGAUUUUUACGAAUGUGUUCUCGAGUUCGCGGCCUACAUGGUCCCUUUGGGACGAUAUCUGGAUCUCUUGACGCACAAGAACCCUUCGCUCACCGUUCUAGAAGUCGGCGCAGGAACUGGUGGAGCAACAAAGCACAUCAUGAAGACCCUUGCCCGACCGGGAUCAAGUGGAUAUACUGCGAGGUACUCCAGGUACUGCUUCACCGAUAUUUCCCCCUCGUUCUUUGGCCACGCGCAGAACUUCUUCGGAGCCUUUCCGAACAUGGACUAUCAGACAUUCAACAUCGAGCAAGAUCCGUUGGAUCAGGGCUUUGAAUCCGAAUCCUUUGAUCUCAUUAUCGCCUCCCUCGUACUUCACGCAACCUCAUCCUUGGAUGAAACACUAGCAAACCUGCGGAAACUGUUGAAGCCAGGAGGAAAACUCGUUGCAAUGGAGGUCACUGCGCCUGAUGGAUUAGUCGCAGGCUUCGUUUUUGGUCUGCUUCCUGGGUGGUGGCUGAGCAAAGAAAAACAUCGACAGGAACGGCUCAGCCCUUGUCUGACCCCAGAGGAGUGGCAUGAAGUCCUUAUUUCGAACGGAUUUAGUGGAGUCGACCAUGUCUUCUGGGACACGCAGGACGAAGAACACCGCCUUCUCUCGCUCUUGGUCUCCACAAAGUUGGAUACCGAACCGUCUCCGGAAGGUCACGAGGUACUUUCCGCACUGAUUGCUGCAACGCCCGGAGUCGAUAGUGAUCGCGUGGAACUAUGUCAGGAGCUCCUAAAGAGCAGCGGUGCUGCAUCCACGCGGGCAGACCUCACGUCCAUAAGCAUCGAAGCGAACCUAUCCAGCCAACUGCUUAUCGUCUUCGACAACCCUGUGAAGCCGUUACUCCAGAGUCUUUCAGCCUCUGACUUUGCAAAUCUCCGCCAGUGCCUCAGUCGAGCUUCAAACAUUCUUUGGGUCUCCUCCAUUGGUGCUAGCCAUUCGAAUCCUUGCACAAGCACCAUCUACGGGCUCGCAAGAACACUUCGGUCCGAAAACGCGUUGCUGAACUUCACGGUUUUCGAAGCCCCUGUGUCAUCACCUUUGGAAACUCAAAGGAUGAACUUUAAACGAGUCAUCCGGCACUGCCUGUCUCCUUCCAGGGGUUUAGAACCAGAGAUUGUUGAGAAGAACGGAGUACUGCAGAUCCCGCGAGUGGAAGAAGACGUGCAUCUCAACGAACAGAUUUCCGAGCAGGACGCGGGCAUAGUCCAACGCAAUGUUGUUUUUGGCGACGGGAAUCUUCGGUUGACUGUGCAAACCCCUGGACUGCUCGACAGCCUUCGCUUUGUGCAAGGCGACACACUGCCGCAGGAUCUGGGGCCAGGAGAAGUGGAAGUACGUGUCAAGGCCGUUGGCGUGAAUUUCAAAGACUGCUUGGUUGCACUAGGUCGAGUCUCUGAUGACACACUUGGAACCGAGUGUGCGGGUAUCGUGGAAAGAGCUGGCUCAGCCUGCAGCGUCUCCGUUGGCGAUAGAGUGAUGGUGGCCGCGCUCGAUACCUAUCGAAGCACCAUUCGCUGUGAGGAGGCACUCGUAGCGAAACUUCCGGACGGAAUCGGCUUUCUUGAGGCUGCCAAGGUUCCAACUAACUUCGUGACGGCCUAUCAUGCGUUGAUCGAAGUCGGUCGGCUAACUGAGGGCGAGUCCGUCCUUAUUCACGCUGGUGCUGGCGGUACUGGACAAGCUGCAAUUCAGAUCGCUCAACAUAUCAAGGCGGAAGUCUUCGUCACCGUCGGAAGCCAGCACAAGAAAGAAUUGGUUAUGUCCACAUACGGCAUCCCGGAUGGCAACAUCUUCUAUAGCCGGGAUGCGUCGUUUGCCCACGGUAUCAGGCGCCGUACCGGCGGUCGCGGUGUCGAUCUGAUACUCAACUCACUUGCUGGGGAUGAGCUACGAGCAUCGUGGGGCUGCAUCGCUCCCUAUGGACGAUUCCUCGAGAUAGGGAAGCGAGAUAUCUUCUCGCAUGAGAAGCUACCCAUGUUUCAGUUCGCGAAAAAUGUGUCUUUCUCUGCCGUCGAUAUUGCGGCAAUGACCAGGGAACGGCCACGGCUCAUCCAAAAGGCGUUGGCCGCGGUGGUGAAUUUGCUCGCGCGAAAGCAAAUCAGCGUCGCGUCCCCGCUCCGCGUCUUCCCGAUUCAUGAGGUUGAAGAUGCUUUCCGGUAUCUUCAGAGUGGGCUGAAUGCAGGAUGCGCUGCUAUCGACGUUGAUCAAAAUGCCAUUGUUCCGGCAUAUAUGUCUCCAUCUUGCGGGUUGUGCUUCCGAGCUGAUGCGACAUAUGUAAUCUCUGGCGGCCUGGGCGGCCAGGGCAGAAGCAUUGCCAGGUGGAUGUGCGAUAAGGGCGCCCGGAAUCUAUUCCUGCUCUCUAGGCAAGGUGCGCACACAGAAGAGGCCAAAGUCUUCAUCGCCGAAAUGCAUUCGAUCGGUGUUCGUGUCGAAGCUCCGGCCUGCGAUAUUACCGAUGUCUGCGCUCUUCGCAGAGCCCUCGAUUUUGCAACUACGAAUAUGCCACCCAUUAGGGGCUGUAUCCAAGGUGCCAUGGUCAUCCGGGACGCUCUUUUCCCAUCCAUGGCCUAUACAGAUUGGACGGCUGCGAUCACGCCAAAAGUACACGGCUCCUGGAAUCUGCAUAUAACCCUGCCGCCAGACCUUGACUUCUUUAUCCUGCUCUCCUCUGCGAGCGGCAUCAUUGGCUCCGGUGGCCAAGCCAAUUACGCCGCCGGUAACACCUACCAAGACGCCUUAGCCGCCUUCCGACUCUCUUGCGGUCAAAAAGCCGUGUCCUUCAACCUCAGCGUCAUGAAUGAUGAAGGUUAUUUCACAAACCACCAGGACACGUUGGACCAGUAUGUGAGGUUUAAAAAGCUGCUCCCAAUGUCUCAGACGGAUCUGUUUACCGUGUUGGAGUACUAUUGCAAUCCGGACCUGAGCAUUGAGGAAAUGAAGAGCCAGAUCGUCAUGGGUCUUUCGCUCCCAAGGGAUAUCACGGCCAAGGGAGAGGAGCUUCCUUCGUGGGUGGACAGGCCGAUGUUCUCUCAGCUUCGUCAGAUCAAAUCCACCAACAGUAAUGCGGGUACUCCACCUUCUACAUCCAACACCGACCUUUCCGGUGCUCUUAGUGCCGCAAAAACCCGCACGGAAGCAAUCACUGUCAUCACGCACGCUAUCCGCGAGAAGCUGUCCUGUAUCCUCUCUCGCCCGCUCGAAGAUAUCGAUGCAGGGAAGCCGAUGCAUGCCCAUGGUGUAGACUCGCUGGUUGCAGUAGAGUUGCGGAACUGGUUCCUAAAGGCCCUGGGAACCGACGUGCCUAUAUUCGAGAUUUUGGGAGGAGGGGCAAUCGAGGCGCUGGGUUCGUCGGUGGCAGAGAAGCUUGGUAGCGGUAGCUUAGAGUAGGUAUGCUAGGGUGUUAUGAGUAAGUUAGCCGG